CACAAAUAUGGCUUAAACUGUAUGCCAUUGUGUUUGGAAUGGAAAUGGUAUGGACCGAGCAUGAUGUUCAAGCACAUGCAUAAUUCGUUCGUGUUUUAGGACGCCUCUACGCAGCCUUCGAAAUGGCGAAGAGAAAGAGACUUGGUGGAGACGAUCUUGACGGGGACCAGUCAGUGCCUCUUCCCAUCCAGGCGUUUUUCUGGAGGCAAACCAGUCCAUUCAUCCGACCCAACCAGUCAAAUCUGUGUGAAGCCUCGUGUGUGUCUUUUGAGAGAGUGGUUGUCCAGAAUAUUCUUCAUGGCUUGUCUCCCAGCCUGUGUGAAGCUAUCCAGAGUGUGUCUCGAUGGAAGACCAUCCAGGCUGCAUUCCCACACUUAAUGCACGCAUGUUCCAAUCUGCUGCUCCAACGCAAGCAGAACCACCCGGACGAACGCUUCAGCAACAGCGAGACCAAGCUUCUGUACACCCUGCACUGGAUCAUGCUGGACGCAGCCUCGGAGUGUGAGGACGCCGACACCGAGAAGAACAUCCGGCGGCCGGGAGGAUCCCAAAUGUACAUGCAUCCCAUCGGAACCAUCCAGCUGUUUGUAUACCUGUUCGCACCGCUCAUCCACACGAUGAAGGAUUCCGACUUCGACUCUCUGAAGCUGGAGAACGGCCUGACAUUGUGGCAGCCCCUGUGGGAUUACCGACAGCCUGACAUUCCCUGUUUCUCAACCCCCGUCAAACCACAGCGCAGUGUGCUCAAAGCUCAGAGGAAUCUGCUGAAGGUAAACACAAAUGCUGCGAAUAUUUACAUUGGAAAAGGCACAUCUCGAGAAAACCUGUAUUUCAUAAACCCUGACCCUCCAAGCAGAGCCAGCAUCCACGAGUCCCAGUCCCCGCUUGCUCCCAUUGCCAGAAUGAGUGACAUAUGUGCCUUGUCGGCAGCUGCUUCUGAAUCCCAGACAGCGACGAUGGAAGUUCUUUGUGAGAACUGCAACACUGUGAUGCCCCUCAAGACCAACGACGGUCCGAUGAUAUGCAAGUGUGGCCAGAAGGAUACCCUAGUUGCCUUUCUUCCCGAUACAAAGACGUAUGCAUUCCACAAGUUGACGUCGGGUGUUGACAAGGACUACGUGAAGCAGCAGCUGGCCAGUGCCGUUGCCAGUGGGAGGACCGUCCCGGGAGCUGCGGAAGCUCCCGACCUGCUGAGUGCCAGCUACUUCGACGUGGCCGUCCUGCGCUGUCUGUUCUGUCUCAACUGGAACGAGGACGGGAUAUACUGGGCACUGCGGUACGUCCAUCAGAGGACCCUGGAGGUGUGUGACGAGCAGAAUCGCAUGGAGCACAUGGAGCGGUCUCGCAGCAAAUCGCUGCCCAUUCCCAUACUGCAGGUUCUCCAGAGCAAGGCAUCCUCACCAGACGACCGGUCGAGUGGGUUCACUCCGGUCCAGAGUCCCGAUUCUCGGUCUCCGUCGCCAAAACUGGCUUCAAAUGUGGAGUCGAAUCAUCCUUUGAGUAUGGGAACUUGCAGCACUCCUGAAAUACGGCGAGAACCACCAUACAAGAAAAUCCGCGUUGUUGAGCUGAAGCAGUUUUUUGAUACAGGGAAGUCUCACUUGAGAAGGAAAGAAAAUGGAGAAAUAGAAGAAAGUGGAUCGUUGUCGUCAAAAGCAUCAAAACAUGAGCAUAUGUCUGGGAGUGGUCAGAUAUUUUCACGUGGCACACGGGACGAUUCGUCCAGUUCGUGUACGGUGUCCACAAUGGACACCGAACCAGACAUGAUACGACCCAAUUCGGCGAUUGGCAGCUAUGGUUCCAGUCAUCAGGACGAACGAUACGGAGGUUUGGUGUCCGCGUAUUCCGCCCAGCGUAAGAGCAUGCCAACACUUCCACAGUCGGACAGAGAGUCUUUGUGCAGCAGUGGAUUACAGAGUGGCCAAGACUCGUCCAAUUCCUCACAGAAUGAUCUUAACAUUCGGUCUGAGGUCGUGAAGAAACCCAUCAUUACCAUCACAGAGCACAGUCCAGAACCAAAGAACAUGUCGUCAUCAAACUAUGAGCUGUCUGGACAAGCGAACCCGAAUCAGAAAGAGUCGUCAUCACCAGAGCUACCCCGAAGUAUGACGGACUCGAACAUCUGCUACAAGCAUGAUGAUGAAGUCCAAGAAGUGUCUGGAUCUAAGCACUACAUUCAGGACAAUGGUUACAUCAACUAUAAGGUCGUGCUUCGUGCAGUUCACUUUGUGUCAAUGAACGAGCGAUCGCCAAGGAUCUGUGAGGUCCUUCUUAACAUCCUCAACUGUCUCCUGGACCUUGACAUUAUUGAAUCCAACAGAAACAGCACACCACUAAAGCCUCUUAUUACUCCAGAAAGUCAAAAUACGCCAGCAGCUAAAGCAGUUCCUAGUAGCAAAGACAAUGAAGAGAUAACAGCACACAGUCUUGCCAUGGAUAGCCUGUUCCGGAUCUACCAGCACCUGGGCUGCCCACAUGGUUGUGGUGAUGGGAUCAUUGGUGCCCAGGGAGAUCAUCUUAGGAUUAAGGGUCAGAACUGCCUGCAGCAGCUGUACCGCCGCAACCCACCUCUCUUCCACAAGUUCCUCCGUGACAUAGUCAAGAACCGGCACUUGCAGGAAAGUGUCGACUUUCUACAUGCAUUCCUUGGAUUCUGCGUUGAUCCAACAACAGUUCUACAGUCACCAUUACCCCAGAAAAAGUCUGUUUCCCAGGAAAACUUGCCAAGGAAUAGCUAUGCUAACAACUUUGGUCACAGUAUGAAUGGCGAGGGAUACCGAGGUGUGGAGGGCGUGCUGAUAGCAAAUCUUUUAAAGCCAUUUAUGUCCAGAUGUGUUGACUGUGUGUCAGAACUGUAUGGCCAUGAAAACAUUGGUUUGUUUUGUGAUGUUCGCCAGCUGAUGUCGUAUGUUAAAGAAGUCCAUGGAGGUCAGUUCCGCAAGGUUGCUUUAAGCGGGUUACUCGAUCCUCUUCAGAAGUUGAAACGGCGCCAAGUGGAGAAGGAGCGAGAAAACAGAGUCAAACCUGUCCGACCUGUCAGUCGAGCGACGUCUGUCACAUCUGAGAGUGGUGAUGAGCUGAGAUCUCCGGGCAUUGUCAACUGUGAGGAACCACACACCAGUAGCAAGUCAAGGAGGUCACUGUUCAGAAAGAAAAUUAAAAAGUCCCUGAUGUUCCAGUAUACUGCGAGUGACUCGGAGCUGGUGGAUGAUUUGUGUCACGGCAAGCUGAGUCCACGGACCAGCAUAUCGGCUGCUGAAGAUGAUUCUCCUUCCGGCACCAGCACGCCCAGGCGCCGCUUCAGCAAGUUUAACUUAGGUUGGAAACGGGGGGCACGCUCUGAUCAUGAAGAUGACGGGCCAAAUGAACCACCCCCUCUUGACCGCCGUGAGAGCAAGAGUGAAAUGCAUGUGCAUCAGCGCAAGGGCAGGAUGUCCUUCAAAGCAGCCAGUCAUGCAACCUUGACCUUCCUUAGUGCAAGGAAGAGAUGUGAAGAUGGCACGAAGGCAAUGGGCAAGCAUAUUUCCAGACGAAACAGCGUUGAUGAUAUCCGAUGCCCGAAAACUGGAAUGACCAGGGAUAUGAUUAUUCCACUGAUUCGUGAAAAGAAACUUGUCGACAAAUUUCUCAUCAAAUCUGGGAUGCUACGGUUUUCAUUCUUGCUUGAAUGUUGCCAUCCUGGAUCCUUCCCUGAUCCCCACCUUGUAGCAGCCAUGUUAGAUUUGGAAGCACCAGUGGCUGCGAGAGCCUCCCUGCUACUGGAGUGUUCCCAGUUCAUUCAUCGAUGUAACCGUGGAGACUGGCCCAACUGGAUGAAACUGAACUUGCCAAGUUUCCGUUACACUGUAUCUGCGCUACAGAACCGAGGACAACCAUCAGGAUAUCGACGAAAUCUUUUACUUCAGCGAGCAGCGGGAAGACUUUUUUAUUCUUGGGCUGAGAAUCUUGGAAACCAGAUGGAGUAUAUUUUGGCCAAAGAGCACACAGACCGACUUGACAUCAUUAAUGACAUCAAAGAUGAAGCCAAGAGAAAAGAACUCCGAACUGAAGAUGAAGAAGAAGACUUUCUAGAUGAAGCAUCUGUGAACCACAGUGGAACAGAAUGUCCGUAUGCCCUCAAGAUGCUGGCUUGUCUGGUCUUGUUGGAAAUCACGACUUUCCUGCGGGAGACGUUUCAGUACCUGCCCAAGUCGCGUGGUCAGAAGCGUGAACACCUGUGGGAGAAGACGAUGACAUCACGACGCUUCAGCAGCAUUGUCAGCAGUCCGGGCCACUCUGACAAGAGUUCUGAGAGCAAUGUUGCGGAGUUGCAACAAAUUGGAAGUCCAGGAGACCGGAAGAUCAGUUUUGCUGUCCUGACUGAACGAUCUGAUUCAUUCCAUAGUAGCACCACAUCAAUAUCUGUGCUAGACCCAGGACAGGUCGAUGAUAAAAAAGAGCGAGGUCGUAGACUGGCUCAAGGAAGACAAAAACUGUUAAGACAUUUCCGACGAGGAUCGGGUCAGCACAACUCUAGUUUCCGACAUAAUCGCAGCUUCAAGCUGAAAAGACCAGAAGGAGGUGGAGGAAGCAUCAAACAGAUGGGCAGUAUACGGUCGCGGAAGGUUAGCAGUCAGUCGCUGCAGUCGGAGAGUAAAUUUGUGGAGGAGGAACCGGCAGCAGAAGACACUGAGUCAGUGACGAUGAUGAGCGACGACACACAGGAGAGUCCGGGAGACAAGGAGCAGGAGGUGGAGGACGAGCAGCUCUUCACCAAUCUGCCGUGGAUUAAAGUUGUCAUCCAGCUCGCCAAUCUGUCAAACUUUAUUUGUAACCAUGACAACUACUGUCACCCUAACUGUUACGAGCGACAACGUCGCAGCUGCUCUCGUCUGAUCACAGCACUGCGGAAAGUGUACGAGUCGACAGAGGAAGAAAAAGUGGAGCAACAGAAAACGGAAAACAAAAAAGAUAACUUGAGAGAUAAACUCAAGCGGAAGGAAUCCAUCUUACAGAUAUCCUCUCCAGUCCGGCGAAGGGAGAGCACUCCAUUACUGGAAAAGAUAAAAACGGAUGUGUCUAUCACAAAACUGAAACUGAACACGACGUGGAAGAAAGAAGAUCGACCCAAGGAGGUCAAGGAUGACCCUCCGAUACUCAAGUAUCUCACAUCACAGGCUCAGCGACUCACUCAGUGUCCAAUGGCUAUUUUGACCAAGGCAGCCCCAGUGCUGCGGGUGGAGAACUUCAUCGACAUCAUGCCUGUAGCAUGGGAACUUCUUUUAGAAUGUGAUCAGGAGCUAGCUGCUGCUGCAGCCACCGUAUUCCUGCUGUCAUCAGUGAAGUCGCCAGACAAGGCUCGCAACAUGAUGGUCAAGGAACUGCAACAUGAGGAGACCAGUCAGAGGAUCAGUGCCAUUCUCAAAUUUGGUGCUUUGUGGAGGUUCAGAUAUCAAGUAUGGCCACGGAUGGAAGAAGGAGCCAACAUGUUAUUCAAGGUUCCGCCCCCAGGAAUUGACUUCACUUUGCCAUCUCCAACUAUUGGCUUGCCAAACUUGACGGUUGUCGAUCCUCCGUGGAUGCCUCAUUUCAAAGCGAAAAUUGAGGAGGUCACUUUAAACCUAGAAGAUUCUAAAUCCUUGGUAACUGCAACAACAACAAGACGAAAACAGCAGCAGGAAAUGAUACGCAGGGCAUUCCAGGCCGAAGAAGAACGGAAGCGAAUUGGCCGUGAGAACUUUCCGAUGACGUCCGUGCCCGUGGUCCAGCUGGCCGCGUACGAGCCAGUGCUGCACCACGCGACCGAAGACCACGAGGAAGCAACGCAAGAAGAAAUUAACCUGGCUGCCAGACGUGUCUCUCUUGCUCCCGUCAAUCGGGCAAAUAUCCAAAGUCGUAGCAUGUCAUGGAGAAAUGGUAGCUUGCAUUGGGGACGACUUGGCACUGAAGGUGAUGAAGAUCGCCUUGAUCAUGGCCACCAUCUGCACAUAACCCAGACAUUUUUCCCAUCAUGCAUUUGUGCGACCGUCCUGCCGAUACUGCAUCUCCUUGUAGACCAGGAUGUGAAUGAAGAUGGUAUUGCAGUUUCUGAGGUUGCAACCAAGAUUAUUUGGGGAUGCAUUGUGGAAGACCCGAUUUUGUUUCUUCGACAUUUUCUUGAAAAACUGACCAAUAAAGACAGACAGGAAGAGCUGUUGUUCCUCUUGAGGAAGAUGGUGUUAUUUUUCGGACAGCUUCCUGCACAGACAGCCCAUUCCAUGUUUAACUAUCUGAUUGGCUACGUGAUGUUCUAUGUGCGAUCUCCGUGUGAAGGCGGACAGGAAGCAAUAGCAGGAGCACUCUCGCUUCUUUGGAUGGUGACUCCAUGUGUGGAAGGAAUCUAUUUUAAAGAUCUGAAGCAGACUCUUAAAAAGGAACAGUGUGAUCCCUACUUGCUGGUAUCGGCCAAUGUGGCUUGUGCAAAGAAGAUUCUUGUUCAUGGCCCUGAUCUGUCUAGUAUUCCAUCUCAACUUCCUAUUCAUGAGGAUACCCAGUUCUGCCACAUUCUUCAGGAAAGCUUGGAGUUCUUCAACAUUCCAGAAGACCAGCAUGAUUCUCAUUUCCUCGUAGACACGAAAACACAUGAACCACAGAAUAUGAAUGCCUAUGUGAGGGAUUACUACUUCUUCCGACGUAGUUUCUACCCUCAACUUAGCUUGGUGCACAUGAACCCAGACAGUGCCUUCUUGGCACUUCAGAAACGAGUUUUCACACUGAAGUUUGUUGAGGUUGGAAAAGUGUUGUUUACAGCAACAGUUCUGGAAAGCACAUCCAACCACCAGAUACAAAAUCAUGUGGCAUUUCUGCAUGAAGAAUUUCUAAAGCAUCCAGCAUUUCCACGCAAGGCGUUAGAAGCCGAAUUUGACAUGUAUCAUGGAGCCUGGGGCAAGGAAUUAUACGGAUUGGAUACACUCCACAAGUACACAUGGGCAAAGCUGAUGACCACCAUGUUCAACUCAAUGUCAAGCACGUUUGCCUGGUCAAACGAUUUGCCAUUGUUCCUGAAUGUGAUCAAUGGAACAAUUGUCUUACUGUUUGAAGACACUGCCAUACUGCGAUACUGUCUGGCUUCCAUCGUCAACACGUCCAGACACUUCAAGCACAUAUUUUCAUCAAAUGGAUUUCUGUAUGUGAUGCCGACAUUGUUGCGAGUGUACAGCAAUAACCAACCGAACCUGGUGUUGAAGAAAGCCAUCCACUUUGUGUGUCGACAGUUCUACAUUCUUCACCGCAAACCGUUCAUACUGCAGAUGUUUGGCAGUGUGGCACCCAUUCUGGACAUGACAUGUGCUGCUAAUGGGCUUAUUGACUGUAAUAAGGUUCAGCCAGAUGCAUUCUUUAAGCUGCUGGUAUCUCUCGAGAAAGAUUGUCCUGAUAACCUUGGAUUGCUGGACCUUGUCAAAGGACCUAAACCACCAACUGCUCUGGACUUUUGCUACGAGAAUGACCCAGACACACUGAACAUGCUGGAUAUGAUAGACAUGUGUAUAACGGUGAUCGCUUAUGCUCCCGAAUCUUACCGGAGCAGUCAGAUGCUGAUAAUUCUCGAGGUGAUCGUGCCCAGGUUUCUACAGAACCUCAAGAAGGAAACCACCCAAAGAGACAACCCAAGUUCUGCUCGAUCCGAGAUUGCUACUAUUUCCAGUAUCGCCACAAGCUUGAGAGCUCUGAUUGGCUGUUGUGAAUACUUUACAAGAAACAUGGCUAUACCACAGCGAGCCUUUGACAUAGUGACUUCCAACCUGAAGCCAGUUCAAAACCACAGUGUGCAUUCACUGACUGGUGACGAUCGGGAAGAUUCACAUGCAAGUUAUACUCGGCAUAUGGAAGAAGGUAGAAAAAAGACGUAUGCUCCUGAUCCAGAAGAUAUUGAACUGCGAAAUGAAUUCCGCAAACCACGGGACUCACUGCUUGCCAUUUUAGCAGAGUUUUACACAACAUGCGUAAACCGACUACGGGAAAUACGGAAAAUUUUAGCCGAUCCAUCCUUCAGACCACCAGAACUGUUUGACCACAAAACUCACAAUCGAUUGGCUGAGAUUGCACACACAAUGUUGAAGCUUGCCCCGUAUGAUCCAUUAACCAUGGCAUGUACUGGAUUGCAGAGAUAUAUGACUGAAAUCUUACCAACAACUGACUGGUCUCAGGAACUCAUACGACCGGCUUUGAAUCUCAUCUUGAGACGCUUGGAUCGACUCUUCACAAAGGUCUACAAGAAAUCUGUACUUAGAAAACAGGUAGACUGGGAAGCAGCUGCCCAGAUACUUCGAGGGGUGUAUUUGACUUUGAGGAAGUUUCUGUACAUAGCUCACUUGCCACACCUCAAGACCCUGGUGAAUGUUCUGAUUAGCAUCCUACUGUCUGGAGGAGUUUACACUGACAACCUGGGCAAUGUACACAGUGCCUAUGAUAACGAUGUGCCUCCAAUCUUCUGCUCCUCCGUCGUCAAGCUGGUUGCCAUGCAGAUGAUGGCACUUGGGGAUCAGUGUUCCCUGGAGCAGAUCUGUGGUGGCCCAGCUGCGUUUCAGACGUCCGACCGUGUGAUCAACCUCCUACUGAACUUCAUCCUUCCACUGUCCAUCAGAGUCGGGUGUGGGCGCAGAGAUACUCCAAAGCUAUCGGAGACUGAUGUUGUGUUUGUUCUGAAUGCUGUGAUAGGGUUGUUGACCCCAGCGUACCACAAGCCCACCAUUCAGAACAGCACCAAGAUUCACAUUUCUGUCAAUGAGUACAGCCGCAGUGGUAGCAUCUCUCACGGGGAAAAGAGCUUCACUGGAGUCAACAAUGAGCAUCAGUUAUAUGUGGCAUUUGUAGGUCUGGAGAUUCUAUUGAUAUGCUUUGAUCGACAGCUGGCUCCAGAAUGGCAUAGAGUAGCCAAAUGUAUACAAAGGCUUGCCACGAAAGGAAAAGGACUGCCACUGUGGAAGUUCCUCGACUUCAUUGUCACCCACCGACCAUCCCUGUUCCUGCUGUUGCAGACAUUCAUUCAGUUCAGGAUGAUGCGAGUGAACUGCGAUACAGCUCAGGAGUUCUAUCUGCAGACGACCAUCAAAGAUAAGCUGAAAGGUUUCAGCUACAUUCAUCCCAAGUCAGUUGGGACGAUUCUGCUGCAUCUGGCGACAGACCUGAAACAACUGAAGGAGGAGAUCUCCCACGUUUCUACAGGCAUCAGUGGUUACAGGUCAAGGACAGCAACGUUUGCCACAGACCGGUCUGAUUUCACUUGUAACCAGAUCCCAGAGCGCCACCGGCAGACUAGCGUCACCGAGUUUGCAGCAGAGAUUAUCGGCGUUCCAAAACCCAGUCUGGGUGGUAUCGGCAAACGAGCCAGUAGAGGCACUAUCCUUUCUCAGUCGAGCAUUACAUCCAGCCCACCAGUGAAAACUGUUACGAUUGGAUCAAGUAAUGGCAAUGGGAGUCCAUCCAUUGGCCGUCGCAAAUCGAGCAAACGUAUCACAGCCAAGGAAGGCAGUAGGAUCCUUGAGAAGUUCAGUCGUAAAAGUACGAUAGAGGAUGAAUCCCCAGAACCACCGACACCAACCUCACCAUCUCGUUUGCAACGUCAACCAACGAUCUGUUUACGAGGUCAUCUGAGCAAACAGUCUAGUCAGGAGGAGCCUGCCAGAGUUAUCUUUGAGAACGAGGAGGAAGACACGGCUAAUGGAGGAGCUCGCGGAAGAAUCCACGAUGAAGAUGUUGUUGAUGCCCUGAUCACUGUGGACACCGAGCCUCGUGAACAUCGUCUUCAGCGACAGGACGCCAAGAGUCGGAAGACGUUUAAAAUAAAACGCCAAAAAACGAAGUCGACUGCUGUGCGCCGGUUUAUGUCGACACGUCACGGUCGUCCGGCCGACUCUAGCGAUGGCGAUGCCGGAAGCAGCGAAGACUCCCCGAUUCGGACUGCUGCAUCAAGGGCAACGAGAGCACAAAGGGCGACUGGCACGGCAGUGGUGUUUAACGACCACAAGACGUUUAGUUUGAGAAACCCGGCAGCUGGUCUAGCCCGGUCAGUGGAGACUAUUCCUGAGUCGAUGGAAAUGAAGCCCAGUCGUCCCCGCUUUGUUCCACGGUCACGGUCACAUGACGACCCUUCAUUUGAUUCUCACCCACACGCUGUCCAUGGUCGCAUUUGUCGUCAGGGUGCUCGCAUUGUACGGUCACGCUCUCCUUCCAUAAGUCCUGUGCUUUCACGCAGACCUAUGCCUACUUCAGCUUCAGCCUCGGCCUCAGCCUCAGCCUCAGCCACGCCCAAUUCAGCUUCAGCCACACCCACCUCACCUUCAGGUACGCCCACUUCAACGGCACCUCUCAUCGGCAUGGGCAACAGUCCGUUACGGGCAUAUGCCGUUCGUCGGUGCGACUCCUCCGAUUCGCUGAGUGCCAAUGAGAGUUCGGCACUGCUGAAGGACGAGGAGAAGAGCAAGUCACUUAGUUCGUUGUGUUUGUAUUAUGCAGAUGAAGACGUUCCAGCUACAAUUGUGUAAACAAAACAAAAAUU